AUGGCCGAGUCGCCCAAGCUGCCCGCUUCGUACGCUUACGAAGGCGACGUUGAGCCCGAGUCGCACUUCACGCUUCCCACGACGAGCGACCCUCCAGAACACCCUCGACCUGAUGAAGCGGAUCCAGCGGGCGACACGAACGGGAGCGACCUCGUUUCUCCUCGUGUGCAGCCAGCCGACGAGCCGCACCUUCAACCCGACUCGCUCGCCCUCCCAGCGGCCGCUCCUCCCCCUCCCUCAUAUACCCCACACCCUCGCCCUCCCUCCUCCUCCUCUUCAUCCUCGCACCUCCUUCCAGGUCUCUCGUACAACCCUGCGCUGCAUCCGCCGAAACGGGAAGGUCUGCCGGUGCCGGAUCACUUGCCUGGAGAUCUGGUUAUUCAGGUGGAUCCGGAGAAGCAUUGGACGUUGAGGAGGCAUCUGGGAGAGCUGUGUGGGAUUGGUGGGACGGCGAGGUUCCCUGGGAGUCAACCAGUCAGCUUCGACUAUGACAGCCUUGCGCUGCUGGAGAAGGAAGACUUCUGGGUAUGCGAGAAGUCGGACGGCGUGAGGGUAUUGGUCUUGAUUGUCGCAACCGGAUUCGGGCAGGAAAUCGACCGCAAGGACCAGAUCUACCAGGUCUACUGGCUCACCUUCCCGCACCAAGACGGGCCGGAAUACAACCACUCGAACACGGUGCUUGACGGCGAGUUUGUCAUCGACGUCGACCCGCACACUGGCGCGCACAUCCCCCGACUCCUCCUCUUCGACUUGCUCGUCCUCGACUCGGAGAACCUCAUGUCGCGACCGCUCCUCAAGCGGUACGGGCGCCUGCAACAAUACGUCGUCAAGCCGUACAAAAAGCAUCAGGAGACGCUGCCGCCCGAUGUGAUCGCUCAGCAGCCUUUCGAGGUCAUCUGCAAGAAACAGGAGUUGUCGUACGGCAUCGAAGCAGUCUUCCGAGAUCACGUCCCGAAUCUCAUGCACGGCAGCGACGGCUUGAUCUUCACCUCCGCCGAGGCGCCUUAUACGCCUGGCACAGAUCCCAAGAUUCUCAAGUGGAAGCCCCCGUCGGAGAACUCCAUUGACUUCAUACUCCAGCUCAAGUUCCCCGCCAUCCCCGACGUGCCCACCGAGCCAGACUUCUGCGCCAAACCCGUCUUCAUGCUGCUCAUGAACCACGGCCACGAAGGAAACCACUUCUUCGAUACCAUGGAGGUCGACGAUGCGACGUGGGAGGAAUGGAAGGCGUCAGGCGAGCAGUACGACGACCGAGUCGUCGAAGUCGUGUGGGACAAGACGCGCGAGACGUGGAAGUUCCUGCGGUUCCGGGACGACAAGUUCGAGGGCAAUUACAAGAGCGUCGUCUACAGCAUCAUCAAGUCGAUUCAGCACGGCGUCGAGGCGGAGCAGCUCGUCGCGCAUGCGGGCCGGAUACGCAAGGCUUGGAAGGCGAGGGCUGCUGCGAGGGCGCCUCCUCCUCCGCCUCCGCGCGCCCAGCAGGACCCGUCGCACCAGCACCAUGCGCCUCAUCCGCACGGGCACUCGAACGGGCAGCACCUCGCGCCUCCGCCUGUUCAAGGCGCCGGAGGGUACGGCCUGAAGCGAUGA